AAACCCACACCCAACAACGAAACUCUUACCUGUUUAAGCUUCACUUUUCUUUAGUUUUCUCGUCUUUUUUGGCUCUUACCUUUUCUCUCUUUUGCAAAGUUUUGCAGGGCUGAAAAAAAACUGAAUGGAAAAUAGAUUGGCACAGUUAAAUCGAUCUAAAUAACGAGAGCCCACUAACAGAAAAGUAUUAAGUCCCAAACAUCAGAGAGAGAGAGAGAGAGAGAGAGAGAGAGAGUAGUGAAAGCUUUAUCUUUUUAAUAUUUGAUUUUACUUGAGAUUGAUGAUGAUUUUGGGAGUGGCAGACAUUUAUACCAUAUUUGCCUGAAACUCUCAGAGACUUUAGAUAGGUACUACUUCUUUUGCAGUAAAAGAAGGGGAAAAAAACAAAUGGCGGAGCAGUUGUUCGUGCCUGCUCUUGAUCAUGUGCUUUGCAUGCGAGUUAUUAUGAUGGGUAUCGAGUCUUGUCCUUGUUGAGGCAGUUGAUCGAAGGAAAAAAGACAAGAGAAAUAGGGAAACCGGUUUUUUUUUUUGUUUCUUUUUUAAUGUUCUGCCAUGGAGGCUACGGAGAUUUAGAAAGCAUUUCAAUUUCCCAGAGUAUGCGUUUCUGAAUCUUGAAAUAAUAAAAAAUUAUAAUUAAAAAAGAAAAAAAGCUUUGGUGUUUUUUUUUUUUCUUUUUCGUGAUUAGCUCAAGCAGGCCAGCAAUUCAUGGUGGUGUGAGUGAUAUUAAUCAUUUCCAGUUGUUAUUAGAAAUUUGGCGGGGUCUGAUUCUGAUAUCCAUCUAAUAAAAAGAGGAUAGGUAGGUAUGCUGAGGAAUAGGCCCAGAGCAGUGACCAGCAAGCAAACUUUAAUGGCUGAUCACAGCUCUCAAGCAUCCCCUGCCCAGAAUUGCACUAAACCAAACCCAUCUUUCUUCGAUUCUCCAAGAUUUAAAGCUUUCACUUCAAAAGCCUUUCCCGACACCGAAUCUCUCAAGAGCCCUACUUCAAUCCUUGACAACAAACCCUUCUUUCCUUUUGGUAACCCCUUUGCCUUGGACAGAAAUCAUCCCAAAUCCCCAAAACCCUUCUCGCCUAAUAACACACACCCCUCACCUGAAAACUCAGAACCAAAAGGUAUUGCUCUUGCUAUAGUUGAUACAUUCCUUAACAAAAACCAAACUGAAAAUAAGAGUUGCUGCGAGGCAAGUAAUAAGAAAAAGGUCUUGUUUGGGACCGAGCUCAGAGUUCAGAUUCCACCAGUACUCCCACCUUCCUUAGUCUCUCCAACUACUUCUCCCACUGAUUUUGGAAUCAAGACCAGGAAUUCACAUUUGACACCUGCAUUUGCCUCUCCCAAUUACGGUAUCCAUAUGAAGGAUUCUCCUCGGGUCUUCAAUGGAUGCCUGCCCGUUAGGGAAAUGGAGCUGUCUGAGGAUUAUACAUGCGUCAUAUCUCACGGUCCUAAUCCCAGAACCACCCAUAUAUUUGACAACUGCGUUGUGGAGAACUACUGCAGUGUAUUGGAUAAUAAGCCCAAACCAGCACCAGAGAGUUUCCUCAGCUUUUGUCACACAUGCAAGAAGAAUCUUCAACAGAAAAUUGACAUUUACAUUUACAGAGGUGAGAAAGCUUUUUGCAGUCAAGAGUGCCGACACCAAGAAAUGCUCCUGGAUGGAGACGAGAAUUGAGAAUUUCAUUACUGGCUGAAUAAAUUAUUUUGGAUUUGCAAAUCAUUGAUUCCAUAAAACCAAAAAUAUUCCCAGUUCUUUAUUUUUUUUUUUUCGUUUUUCUUUUUUUCCCUCUCCCCUGCAGAUAAGAGAUAAGAGAGGAUGAGAUAAUGUAGACUUAAUUAGAUUAAUUCUGUUUUUGAGUAAAUUAUUCAUAAUGAUUGGCAAUGGGAUUUUUAACCUA